GGCCAAGGCUACAUCAGCGCCACCGGCGUCAGUGACGGGACGCAGGUCUUGUCGUCUUUGUUGGCGAGACCAACCGUGCGACGUGCCGCUGCGCGUCGGGUUUGGGGAGCGCGCGCGCGCUCUCGGUGGUUCCGACAGCGAAGCGGCGAACGCGAGGUGGAUGGUCUCCGGAAGAGACCGUCACGCCCGAGCAGGCAGCCGUUUGUGAACCCAAGGACCCGAGGGCCGCGAGCGCCAUUCGAAAAAGGAUGGCCGCCGGCGACGUACGCCGCGCGCUACGGCCUGUCGUCGCUCGUUUGCCGCGCAACACUAUAUGCUAACGUCGCUAGCAGUCGGCGUGACGCUUCGCCUGCUUCUUCUGGUUGGCUCGUGCAGUGCCCAGGUCGGCAAUGUGGCCAGCGAAGAGCCAGUCCAGGUGUUCUUCGAGCCAGACGUGCUGUCGGUGCGCAUUGGAGACCGGAGGCUGUACGUGCCCCUUAGCCGCAAGCGUGCGUCAGUCGAGUCCUUCCCAGGCGGUGCGGCGUCCGUGAAGAACUGCACCUACAAGGGCCCGGUUUACGAGCAGGGUGUCAGCACCACGGGCCGAGCCGUAGUGAUCGCGUGUCCCGAUGAGAAACGAGUGCACGCCCUCAUCAUCACGGCCCAGGGCGAAGCGAUCUCUGUGGCGCCGUCUCAGGGACACGGUGACGUGAGCGUCGAACUCGAAGAUGGUGGCGGACACUUGGUGCGCCGUGAAUCCCCGAAGUCCAAGUUUCUCACUUUCUGGAGCAAGCUGUCCACCAGAAGACGCAGGGCCACGAAGACGAAGGCGGCGGUAUCCAGGGAGCGUGCCAUCGAGCUCGCAGUGUUCGUCGACACCGCGCUCAGCAACGCGAUGGCCACGGAGCGGGCACUGCAGACGAAGCUCACGGCUAUCCUUGAACAGGUCCAGCUGAUUCUGGAGUACCGAUCGCUGGGAAAGCCGCUUAAACUGGAGAUCGUCAACCUCGAACUCGUCGACUCCAAGCGGGGUCCCAGCACUGGCGGUGGUGACAUCGACGCUUACCUGGAUAACUUCUGCGUGUGGCAGUGCAACCGCAACCAGCUGGCCGCGAAGCAGGGACUGGGACGCUGGGAUCACGCACUCAUGCUCUCGGGACUUGACCUCGUCAAGGGCAACAACAGCCGCGUGCUGGGCCUGGCGUGGGUGAACGGCAUGUGCCGGUGCCGAUACAGCUGCACCCUGAGCGAGGCGCGCAGCCUCGAGGCGGCGCUUGUGGUGGCGCACGAGUUGGGCCACUCGCUAGGCAUGCACCACGACGGGCCGCCCGACAACCGCUGCGACCCGGACCGCUUCAUCAUGUCGGCCAAGACGGGCGCCGGAAAGACCGGCUGGUCCACGUGCUCGGGACAAUACCUCGAGGACUUCCUCUCGAGCCGAACGUCGUCGUGCCUGGCGUCACGUACCAGCCAACCAGUGGCCGAGUUGGACGGAGAACCCCUGCCCGGCCAGCUUUUCCCGGCGGACGCCCAGUGCAAGCUGGCUCUGGGAACGGACUACAGUGCGUACACUUCGUCCAGGAGCCCCUUCAAUAACGUAUGCCGUGAACUGUGGUGCCUGGAAGGAUCCUGGGCCAGCCCCGCUCACCCGGCCCUGGACGGCACCAUAUGCGCUAAGGGCAAGCAUUGCCGCGAGGGGUCGUGCGUGGUGCGUCCGGCGGGCCAGGAAGGCGGCAGACCCUGCGGCCUCGACAAAGAGGGCACCCCGGAGCACCGUGGUCACCACGACGACGGACUAACCCCACGACGCGGCGCUCCGUGGUCAACGUCGUAUUUCCCGACAUUACCAGAAUCUGGAACAACUGGUUCCGUCGCGGGUUUCCCAGUUGGUUCUAAAAGCUAAACUGCACGUACGCUUGCCGGCGCGCGAAAGCUCGCAUCCGCGUGCCUCACGCAUGCGCAGAUGCUGCAGGACAGAUCGUACCCGUCCAAGCGCCGGCGAGAGUCCCGUUAUCUUAUCCAGGCAAAUUUUAGUGCUCCGGUUAUCUCACAAAAAUACGAAACGAUGUCGACCAAGGCGCAAAUAGUGAGCCGAGGGAACGCGCGCUGGCGCGCGUCUUGUAGGUUCGAACCGCCAUUACUCGCGAAUCGCGGCAAACACAAGGCGUGUGGGCUCGAGUUUUCGUGCUCUGGUACGUGUACGUGUAGGUUGGCCUUAAGGCGGAAGUUGCGUUCCGGCAGGCCUAUAGUACAAGCAGUUCUAGUUGAAGGUUCCUGCGCAAUUUAAGGCAAGGGCUAGAGAAUCGCAUAGAAUGUGGAAAGACGUGGUAUAGCCGUAGUUUUGAGGGUUGUCUUGCAUGUUUACGGGCGCGAAACAUAAACAAAUGGGCACGGAGCUAAUCCUGGCUCGCAGGAACAGUGUAUGAAGUUCGUUCAGGCUUGACCUAAGCACUUAUUUGGGACGUCUCGUCUUUCGCAGAAGAAGCCAUUUGUUGCAGAACUGGGACUUGCCGCCGUCACAGUUAAAGGUGAAGUAUGACGUCUGCCGUGAGUGUGGCGUGCCAGCAAGUUCUAUUGCGUGUGAAUUACGCGAAGCGCAUGAUAGGAAGUACUAGCCAUGUGCCUGUUGCGUAUUCUGCGCUCGUGUAGUCUGUCUUUCGAUGCCUUGUUUAAUGUUCCCUCGUUAGGUCCAACACAUACCGACAAAAUCGGUUCGCUAUACACUUUUCUGCGAUCAGUUCCGCGGGCUGCUUACUGCGCUGUGCGUUGCGCCACAAGGCUUUGUUUGCAUGGUCAUGGCAGUCGUGCACCGCGAACGCGAAGGACCUGCUGAAAGGCCUGUUCAAAAGUUUUGUUUCUUGGACAUGUGUCCCACCGCGUGACGCAGCAGCUCGUCGUCACAUCUGCCACGCCAAGCCACCCGUUAUAUGCAGAUAAAAUCAUGCAAUGAUUUAUUUAUUGCUGCUCAGUUUCGCUGAAAGCAUUAAAAAAAAAGUGAGACAGAAGCCAUCGCUUUUUUCCUGCUUCUAAAACCAACAGACGGGCGAAUUGCAUCGUGGUUACUUGCAGUGGCUGCAAAGCCUUCGCGUUCGAAGUGCUCUGGUACUUCUAAAAUUUGUCACACCGCAAGUCAAGCGAUGAAAAUGCCUAGUUGGUGUUUCAUCUGCGCUGCUUACAGUGCAAACAAGAUAGGCAACGUAAGAGCGCUUAUCCUGCUGAGAUUCGUCUUGGUCUUUGUGCUUUAAGUUGUACAUAUGUAGUGCAGGAAGGAGCAUGACUGCAGCGCUGAUGCAGUGGAAUUAUCUUAGUCGCUGAUAAUGUGCGCUGCAGAACCGACCGGAGAAAGUCGUUAGACACGACGCCUGAUGUUACUCGUUUCUUACUCGAUAUACUUGCUAGACCAGACCUAGAUAAUGCAGAAUCGUCGUGGCUUGCAUAGUGGACCAUUCCCGUUUGAGAAGCGCCGCUUACUGUCAACUCUGACUCAAUCUUCUUGUUAGACGUGAAGUCGAUGUGGAAAGUACUCUUAUACGCAGGCCGUUCAGCGCGUGCCAACUGGCCUCGUGGUGGCGCCCCUGUCGCUUUCCAGGUCUACCUGUGCCCUAGGAGAGUAGAAUUACUCUAUAUAGGACUGCUAGAGAGCUCACCCUUCAGACCUUUGUGAAAUCAGGAGGCUCUCAUGAGCCUCACUUGCAGGCCAAGGUGGAUUUAGCGUUAGUGCGCGAAAACGACGGGGUGUCUUGGGCAAAUUAUUUACGUGUGUGUAUUAUAUGGUAUACCGUAUAUUCGUGCACAUGCGAGCGGCAGUUACCCUACACCUGCUGUUUCGAAUAUGUCGCUCAUUUCGUAAUCCGGAGGAAAGAAGGCUAGAUUUUGCGUUAUUGUUGACCGCGACAUCAACUUAGGCGAGAUAUCUGUCCUUUCCGGUGUGCGCCUUCGUUACGAUAUUUUGUGUCGCGUCACUGGUAACUUAGUAGAAGUUAGGCGCCUCGUUGGUUGAUCGAGAGCAGUGUAGCCAACAACGGAUGGCGCGAUCGAUACGUAAUGGACCAAGGUCGUUUAUGUGCUAGCCCUGCCCUUGAACACUAGCGAAACAUGAACGGCUGGCAUCAGGCGGCCCCACCAUCGAGUAUAAUUGCUUGCUGGUGGUGGACCAGCAACCUAAUUUUGUCCAUAUGAUCACCAAUAACUAUUCUGAAUGCACAGAACGGAUCAAACCGAAAGGGAGCAUCUAACUGGUAUUCCAGCGCUCAUUACAGCUCCAGUAAGAGAUAAAGUUGAAGUAGGAUAUGAAGUAAGAUGCGCCCGUGGUGUAGAUCUAGUCGCUACCGCAUACAUGAACACUGAAUGCAAUAAUUAAUGCCUUUGAUUGCAAAGACAUAAACACACUCUUUUUUGUUUACUUCCUCGGCGUACAGCGCACCCAGGCGCUGUAUAGACCGUAGUUUGUCGUAGCUAUUCUUCCCGUGAUAAUUUUGGCCAUGACGACAAAGACUCCUCGCCGACAACAGUAUGACAAGUUUCGGAUAAUGACGUCACGAAGACGCGGUGGCGUUGCCUCUGCUUUGUUGCAAAAACAAAAUAAAAUAAAAAGAACGUAAUUUUUGACAAAUCUUACUGGAAAUACAUAAAUUUUUAAAAGACGAGGUGGUGGGACAAGUUUUCAAAGUUUCUUGGUGAAGGCACGAAGUAGCAAAUAUAUAACAAAGACGAAUCGGACCGUCAAUUAGUACUGUUGUUUAUUUUGCCACUGCACUGUAUUCUUGCCACUGCUAUUAUGUGUCGCACGCCCUUCUGCCUAAAGCAUGUAAUUUCUCUUUACCAGCGUCGACAUGGCGUCGAUGCGUGACAGAGCAGUUUUUUAAUGAAAAGUUGGCCAUAAAAUAAAGAAUUCACCACCACCACCACCACAUCUACGCAAGCUUACACGCCCGAACGCUGAAUACGCGGCUGCCAGGAUUUUGUUGCAGCAGACCGGUGCUUAUUGUACACCUGGGUGCCAUGCCUUAUACAGACGCCGAAGGUUGGCACCGAGUAUUCUGUAGUACAUGUGCCUAGACGCGUCCGGGAUUGGAGCUUGUCGUGCUCGUGUAUUUCCAACUCCGUGAACUCACUCGUUUGUUAUUGCGACUAUACACAGAAGCUGGUGUCCAUUUUUGUACGAAUGUUUGCACGAUCCUAAGAACAGCGGAACUGUUGUUCGUAGGUGUGUUUUAUUAGUUCUACGACGCCCUGUUCUUGUUGUACGUCACUGUCGUUGGGAACGACGCGGAAUUUCUCAUGUUGCCCAGAAGUUCUUGUUGACCGAUGUAAUAAAAUGUGAAGUAUUUCCA